AUGAGCCGACCAACUUUUGAAGAAAUUCUAUCAUCAACUGAAAACUACAAUGGUACCGAUCAUCAUCAUCAUCAGGAAGGAAAACCAAAAUUAACAUCUAGAAAGGAGGUUUGGUUACAAAAACAAAAAGUUAGAAAUAAUUUAUUGAAUAAAUCAAGAGCAAGAUUUUGCAAUUCUAGAGAACUCACCAGGAAAGAUUUGCCUCUCCCGGAGCGAAAUCUAGGAAUUAUGUGUUAUUAUCUUGAUUUGGAUGGUAAUAAUUUUAGCACUAUUUUGGACUAUGCUACUACAGUGAGGAAAAUUUUGACAAAUAUUUCUAAUCAACUGAUUACACAAGUGAUUGAUUCUGGGAUACCCACAAUGCUAGCUAAACUCAUUGACGAACAGGAGGUUGCCAAAUAUUUUAAUAUUUCGGAAGGCAGCACCAGGACGAAUGUGAAGAAACUUCAAUCCAUUACUAGAUUCAACUUGAAUCUAUUACAAUUCGAAGCUGUAUGGGCAUUGACCAAUGUUUCAAGUGGAUCAUCCGCACAUACUCAACAUGUAGUUUCAUUGGGAUGUAUUGAAAAAAUCCUUAAACUCAUAGAAUGUAAUGGAAGUUGUGCAGAUUUAGUGGAACAAUGUUUUUGGGCAUUAGGAAAUAUUUGUGGUGACAGUGUAGGUUACAGAGAUUUGGUAUUGAGUCAUGGGGCUCUAUCAAUAAUGUUACCAUUUUUUAAAACCAACCCAACGACCUACCGAUUAAGUUUCUUAAGAAAUGCAACAUGGGCAUUGGCAAAUAUGAUGAGAGGUAAACCAAGUGUAUCAAUAGAAUAUGUCAAAGAUGCAUUUCCAAUAAUGAUUGACCUAAUCCAGAACCAGACUGACGAAGAAGUUCUUAUUGAUACCUGUUGGGCUCUCUCCCAUGCACUUGAUAGACCUCUGGAUGACACAGCCACAGAACUGUUCAUAAAUGCUGGUGUUACCAAAAGAGUGGUUUCAUUCCUCAAUCACGGUAGCAGUUAUGCUGUGCAAAGUCCUGCUCUUCGUAUUCUUGGAAAUGUAAUUGGAUCUGGAAAUGACACAAGUACAGAUCAUGUGCUAGAAUCAGGUCUAUUAGAGGUAUUACCUCUAAUACUCGACCAUUCCAAACAAGGAAUGAAAAAGGAAGCUGUUUGGAUAUUAUCGAAUAUUACUGCUGGUACUGUUCCACAAGUGCAAAAGGCAAUUGAUGCAGGAUUAGUUCAGCAAGCUUUGGACAUUCUCAAUAACAACGAAUCACCUGUCUCAGUAAAAAAAGAGGCCUUUUGGGCUGUGAGAAACAUUUGUGAUUUGCCAAAUGAGAAAGUUGUAAAAUAUUUACUCGAUAGAAGUGUUGUUGGAGUAUUCCAUCAAGGAAUGAUUACAGACAAUAUAUAUUUUCCUAUGUGUUUGCAAGGGCUUGAGGCACUUUUGAAUUCACAUUUCAAGGAAACAGUAAUCCAAUCCGUCAAAGAUUAUGGAGUCAUUGAAACUAUUGAAGGAAUGAUGUCAUCAACUUCUUCAAAUGAGACUGAAUUAGCAAGGAAAAUAUUGAGUAUUGUGAAUAAUAGAGAAUUAGAAAUGGAAUGA